UAUAGAUGAUUAUAAUAAAGAAGUCGAAAAGUACACCUUAGAGAAAACCAACUCUAAUUGGACAACACUAUAAACUAAAAGCAAGCAAAGUCAAGUUCUAAAACCAGAUCUCAAAUCCCAUCUCACAUCUGCUUCUUCUCCUUCUUCUUCCUCCUCUGGCGCUCCAAAUCAAAUCCCUACUCCUUGCGAAAGCAAAAGCAAAAGCAAGAGCAAGAUCAUGGAUUCCGAAUCCGGCAAGGACGAGAUCGUGUACGAAUGGAUGCCGUGCAUCCGCAUCUACAAGAGCGGCCGCGUCGACCGCUUCUUCGGCUCCGAGUUCGUCCCCGCCGACGCCGCCUCCUCCGUCGACGCCGUCAUCGACCCCGUCUCCGGCGUCUCCGCUCGCCUCUACCGCCCCCCCUCCCCAUCGCCAUUGGAGCCCGAGGGGCCGGCGCCGGGGCCGCGAGGGGCGCUCCGCCUCCCGAUCCUCGUCUACUACCACGGCGGCGGCUUCUGCAUCGGCUCCGCGUUCAACCCCAUCUUCCACGCCUACUUCAACGCCCUCGUCGCGCGCGCGCGCGUCCUCGUCGUCUCCGUCGAGUACCGCCUCGCCCCCGAGCACCCCGUCCCCGGCACCUACGCCGACGCGUGGCGCGCCCUCCAGUGGGUCGCUUCGCACGCCCCUUCCCCCUCAACCCCAACCCCAACCCCAACCCUAACCCUAGGCUCGGGAGGAGGAGGAGCGUCGGAGUGGUUGCGGGAGCUCGGGGACUUCGGGAGGGUGUUCGUGGGCGGGGAGAGCGCGGGGGCGAACAUCGCGCACCACAUGGCCAUGCGCGCCGGCGCCGAGGGCCUGGAUCGCGGCGUCGCCAUCCGAGGCCUCCUCCUCGUCCACCCCUACUUCCUCGGCACCGAAAAGGUGGAUUCAGAUGCGAUCGACCCAGCGGUGAGCGAGAGCCUGGCGAGCCUGUGGCGGAUGAUGUGCCCGACGACGACGGGCUCCGACGACCCCCUGAUCAACCCGCUGGCCGACGGCGCGCCGCCGCUGUCGGGUCUCGUGUGCCGACGCGCGCUGGUGUGUGUGGCGGAGAAGGAUGUUUUGAAGGACAGAGGCAAGCAGUACUACAGAAAACUGCAGGAGAGCGGGUGGCCCGGCGAGGCCCGGCUGCGAGAGGCCGCCGGCGUUGGCCACACUUUUCAUCUUCUCGGCCCGGCCGGCGAGGAAGCUUUGGCCCAAGAUGAGGCCAUUAGUGAAUUCCUCAAUAGUUAAAUUCGAACUUGUUUCGGCCCAAUGGUCCUUCGGGAGGAGUCUUUUGAUCGGGGGAUCUGCCAGGAACAUAUCAGAUUUAUCGCAUUUGGUGAAAUUCAAUCAUUGAAUGGCGACCAGAUUUAAUGAAUCUUUUUAUCUAUAUUCGGAAUUAGUUUCGCUAAUAGGAUCUACACUGGAGUCUGGAAUAAGAAUUGCAGGCGCAGCUGUUCGCGCAUCUGCAGAGAUUGUUGUAGAAAGAAUGAAGAUUACAUUGUAUUUUAUUUGUUUUCUCAAAAAAUAUACGCUGUUCUUUAUUUUGUAGUUCUUUCUCAAAAA